UACCGUGAGCCCGCCCAUUUAAUGUUUAUUGAUCAUCGCUCGGCAGGGCCUAUCUGACCACAGUCAGAUCCAGUCUGGAUAUGGCGUCGCUUCACCGACACAGGAUGAAUUUUCACCUCUCCGUGGGAAUCUGCCAGGCGCAUACCGGGACUGCACUUCUCGGUCGUCGUCGCUGUUGAAAUAAAAUUACAAAAAAAAAAAUAAAAGAAUAAUUAAAAAAAAAAUUGGAAAAAAAAAAAAAAGUGGGAUCAUACAUGGCGAUGGAGGACGUGGAGAACAAUUCAGCGGUCGUGGCGACUAGCACCCAAGCGGGCAUCAAGAAGGGAGGUGAUGUCGGAGAUAACGGGGCUUGCAUAGACAGGCAGCCGGACACGGUGGUCCACCAAGCGGGGCUGAAUCAGACUGCAGGUCGCGGCAGCCGCAGUGGUCCCGGAGCUCACGCUGCGACGGGGAUCCGAGUGCUAAAGCAGCGCAACAUGAAGCGGAACGGGAGUCGUGGCUGUGUGACAAGGAAAAACAGAUUUGGAUCACGAGAGCGGGACUGGCUGAAGGGGGACACCCAGCGGGGCUGCGUGUGUCUGUAUGGGGGCACAGUGGACCCCCAGCCACCUGCCUCCGGCCCGCAGGCCUCCUCCACCCCUCAGACAGACCUGAAGUUGGUGCUCUGCUCCACCACUACCACGGUGGAGGAGCUGUGCGCACAGAGGGAUGGACAGGGACUCUACGUUCAGCUUCAUGGAGACUUAGUCAGGAGGCUGGAUCCCACUGAGCGUCCGCUCCAGAUGGUGUAUGACUACCUGGCAGCUAUGGGCUACGCAGACCCUGUACGAGUGCAGCAAGAAGCAGCCAACUCAGACCUCAGCUGUCUGAUCCGUUUCUACAGCGAGCGUCCAGUGAAUGCAGACCAGCAGGAGCGGACCUUGCUCAAAGGCGUAUUCAGCGUCAGGAAGGGCAAGUCACAGCUGCACAAGUGGGCAGAGCGGCAGGUCAUCCUCUGCGGCACCUGUCUAAUCGUGGCCUCCGUCAAAGACAGCCUGACUGGGAAAAUGCACAUCCUGCCCCUGGUGGGAGGAAAGGUGGAAGAGGUGAAGCGGAGGCAACACUGUCUGAUGUUCAGCUCAGCCGGAUCGCAGGCCCAGACAUAUUUUGUCAACUUUGACACACUUGCGGACUACCAGCGAUGGCAUCGGCAGGCAUCAAAAGUGGUGUCUCAGACAGUCAGCCUGGUGGACCUGUCCUGCUACAGCCUAGAAGCGGUGCCUGAAUAUCUCUUUUACAGUCAGGACAUCACACAUCUCAACCUGCGACACAACUUCAUGAGCCUGCAGGGACCCGGAGGCCUGCUCAACCUCCCCAGGUUUUCUCAGCUGAAGAGCCUGAACUUGUGUCACAACCGUCUGGGUGUGUUCCCUGAAUGUGUGUGUGAGAUCCUCACCCUGACCGAGCUCAACCUCUCCUGUAAUAGUCUCCAGACCGUCCCUGUACAGAUAGGCAACCUUCAAAGCCUGCAGACGCUGUCGUUGGAUGGAAACCACCUCAGCUCCCUGCCUGAAGGGCUGGGUGGCUUGUCUCAGCUCAACAGCCUGGGGCUCUCCUUCAACAACUUCUCUCACAUCCCUGAUGUGCUGGAGAGAUUGAGCGCAGUGGACAAGCUUGCCAUGGCUGGGAACAGAGUGGAGAGUCUGGAGUUAGGUACUCUGGCUAAAAUGAGCCACCUGAAAAACAUCGACCUGCGGUUGAACGGGCUGCGCUGGGUGAAAAGUGAUAACCUAGAGGCGGUGAGCCAGGUGACGCAGCUGGACUUACGUGACAAUUGCUUGGACUCACUGGACCUGAGCUCCAUCAGUAACCUGGAGACUCUGCACUGCCAGCGCAACCAGAUGGAGACACUCACACUCAGCGGUUUCACACUGCGCAUGCUUCAUGCCAGCAGCAACCGCCUCACAACCGUCAACAUCUAUCCAGUCCCUAACCAGCUGACACACAUGGACCUUUCACAGAACCUUUUGGAUUACCUUCCGGACUGGGUGUGUGACUGCAGAAAAAUUGAGAUGCUGGACCUCACGCACAACCUACUGUCUGAGCUUCCUUCCAGACUGCUCAACAGCUUGAGCUUGAGAAAGCUGCUGGCGGGGAACAAUCGUUUGCAGAGAGUGCCUGACCUACUUGACCACAUCCCUCUGGAAGCCCUAGACCUCCAGCACAACAAGCUAGCUGAGCUCCCUGAGAGUCUGUUCUACAAGGCCUUAAACCUGAAAUACUUAAAUGUGUCAGCCAAUGCCCUGGAAAGCAUCCCCCCUAGCAGCCUAUCAGAGGAGAGCCUCAGCACACUCCAGGAGCUCUACCUGACGGGGAACAGCCUGAAUGAGAACUGCGGGGCUCUGUUGGUUGGACACCAGAACCUGCGGGUCCUUCAUAUCGCCUACAACCAGUUGCUCUCCUUUCCUGCCAGUAAGCUGAGUAAGCUGGAACAGCUGGAGGAGCUAAAUCUAAGUGGCAACAAGCUGAAGACCAUCCCCUCCACCGUGUCCAGCUGUAAGAGACUGCAUACCCUCAUAGCACACUCCAACCACAUCACUGUCUUCCCAGAGAUCCUCAGCCUGCCUGAGAUCAAGCUUGUAGAUCUAAGCUGUAAUGAGCUGACUGAGAUCCAGCUGCCUGACUCGCUGCCCGCCACACUGCAAGAGCUCGACCUGACAGGAAACAGCAGCCUGAUGCUGGAACACAAAACCCUCAACCUCUUCAGUCACAUCACCACCUUGAAAUUAGACCAGAAGUCCACUACGGCAGCAGGAGACUCACUGAGCACCUCCACUCCAUGGAACCAUGGUUACUCUGAAAUGAGCGGCCAAAGGAACAAGUUGUGUGUGUCUGUGCUGGCUGUGGACCGCUUUGGAGACAGCGUGGAGGCAUGUUAUGGAAUCUUUGACGGAGAUCGCAACGAAGAAGUGCCGCGGUUGCUGCAGUGCACCAUGGGAGAUGUGCUGUGCGAGGAGCUGCAGCACUCCAGUGUUGACAGCGUGUAUAUGUGCAACACCUUCAUCACCUCACACAGGAAACUAGGUAUGGCUGGCCAGAAACUGGGUGCUUCUGCCUUGCUGUGUUAUAUUCACCAUGAGCCUUCAGAUCCAGGAGGCAACUUCAGCCUCACUGUGGCCAAUGUGGGCACCUGCCAGGCGGUGCUGUGCCGGGAUGGCCGACCUGUACCUCUCUCUAAGGUUUACAGCUUGGAGAACUGCACUGAGGAGAUGGAGAGAGUGAAGCUCUGUAAAGCCAUUAUUACCGAGGACAACAAAGUGAGUGGAGUGACAUGCUGCUCUCGCCUGCUGGGCUGCUCAUAUCUGUCUCCCUGGGUGCUUCCCAAGCCGUGGGUGCACACCGAGCCUCUCUGUUCCCAGGAUGAGUUCUUGAUCCUAGGGAAUCGAGCGCUGUUUGAACGGGUCUCCUACCAGGAGGCUGUGUGCACUGUGCAGACCAUGCGGGAUCCUCGUGCUGCUGCCAAGAAGCUGUGUUCACUCGCCCAGAGUUAUGGUUGCAAGGACAACAUCGAGGCGGUGGUGGUGUCGUUAAAUAUCAGUGAGGACAGCUGCACCUGUGAGCCACCGGUACCCACUGCUGAAACACGGGGUCCCCCUACAGCCCUGGUGCCUGUGUCCGUAGCUCCCGGGCCUACUGACCCAGCCACCCUGUCAUCCAGCAGCGGCAUUGUCUCUGAGUUCAACAGUGAAACGUCGGCUUCAGAGGUGGGCAGCGAGGCCGGGUCCACCGCUUCAGACGAGCACCCGUCCUCUGGUCCUGCGUCCCGCCCAGAGAGACGCUGCAGCCUACACCCUGCUACUACACUGUGUGGGAUCAUGGUGCCAGGCUCAGUCGGGGCAGGAACCCACCCAGGCCUGUUCCAGCGGCAGCCCUCCAGUGCCACGUUCUCCAGUAACCAGUCUGACAACGGCUUGGACAGCGAUGAUGAAGCCCCGCUUGAGGGUGUUAUCUCCAAUGGCAGUAAGUUAGAAGUCGAGGUAGACAUUCACUGCUGUGCUUUCCAGCUACGGUCAGGGGCCCCUGAGAGCCCCAAAGACUUGGACCUUGAAAAGCGAGGCUCUGACUAUCCCAAUGGCAAAAUGCGCAGACAGAACAGCGUGGUGGUUUCUGCUACAAACGGCUGCCUGCUGGCUGUAUGUGGGAGAGAGAUUGCCGACCUGAAGAAGUCUCCGUCCACAUCCAGCCUGUUUGGGAAGAAGCUGUCCAAUGGGUCUGUGGUUGCCCCAGAGGACAGCCAUAAUCUCAUUGAGGUGGCCCUGGAGGCUCCGAAGAAGAAGUCUGGCUAUUUCACUGCUCCAGCACAGCAGGACCCCGAGGACCAGCUCAUUGUGCCUCCUAGUCUGGAGCAGGAAGUAAGGGAGCAGCUAAGGAGCCAGAACACUCUGGUCUCAGUCCCCCCCUUGCCAUCCAUACCCCCUUCCUUAAAAGACCCCGUGUGGGAUCAUCCUCACCCCCCUGCAUUUGCCUCCAACCUGGUCCCAUGUCCUGGCCCAGUUCCCAUCCUACAGCAGGAAGUCUACGAUACCGCCCUCUAGAGGGGGGCGGAGCACAGUGCCAUGUGGCUGCAAUUCUGUGACCGUGCCAUUCCAGAGAAGAAGAGGAGAUUUUUCUCAUACAUGUGAGAUAUUCCAACUCAAGUUGCCAUUCAGACGAACCUGUGGGACAUUGAUAGUCACUACGUGAUGCUGCUCCAUUAAUGAGAGGCGUAAGAGGGUUUCUGUGUGUGGUCUGAGUGUCCUAGAAACGGGCGACCAAGAUCCCAUUUCAUAACACGAUGUGGGGAAAAGGAUGGCAGGCUAUCAUAGAGCAGAACAAUCCUGACUUGAAAUGGGAUACCUCAUGUGUUUAAACAUGUCAGCAACAUUUCCCUUUACUUGGAAAGCAAGCAAUCUAGAGGGCGUGUACGGGAUUGUGUUCAGCGAGGUCAAAUCUCCUCUCCAGGGGCUCUGUGGUCUCUCAGGUCCUGGAGAGAAGCCCUGUGACUGAAACUUGAAAAAGUGCCUACUGCAGACAACUCAGUCUAGAGCUCCCCUACACCCGGGCUGGGGGGACGUGAGCUUGUUAGUUAGAUUUGGAGGAGGGACGAUGUCCCCAGCACUGAGACCAGCACUGGCACAGCUUUUGCUCUCCUAGUCUUCCUGUGUCUUACAAAAGAAAUCAGACAGUAUGAAUGCUUGUAAGGCACAUAGGACUAGAAGAUGUGAAGACAAGAUAACUGUAUUUGCAUUACAGAAACAUUACGGUCAGGUUUUAUUUUUAACACUCCCACAGAGUAUGUAUAGGACCUUCUAUACUGAAUAAAUUAAAUCUAUACAGUGUAGUACAUGCUUACAGUUUGCAGCCGACAACACGCUGUGCUUGAGCUGCUGACACCAAGAUCGAAAUGCGUUGCUUUUAGAGCAAUGCAUUUUUAAUAGCUGUCAAAUAAUAAUAUCAAAGUUAUUCAACUGUACAGAGCAGAUGUGUCGUAGAGAAUCAGUUAAAUCUGUGACAGUGCUCGAUCAAAUGAUCUCCUUUAAAAAUGACGUUGGAAAGUAAACAUUUCAUUUAAAUUUAGCCAGUUUUAUGAUCACUGGAGAGUGGACUGGAGACCCCAGGAUCUUUGAAUAUCAUUUCAUAUCAGUCAUUUGAACAAACCAGUCGCGGCACAAAAGUUCAUUAUAGUAAGAGAUGAAGGAUAGAUGCAGUAUUUUACUGUAUGUUUAGAAAUUUCUCCACUGGUACUAAGAUUGUACAUUUUAGUGUUUUCAAAUUUUGGAGGCUGCUAACCGUUUACAUUAGUAAACAUCCAUCCAUGUUUUACAGACAGAUUCGGUUAUUUUUACGUCUUAGUAAGUCCUUUUUUUAGCUGUGAUAGCACUGCCCACUUGUCCAGAUGAAUUCCAGGGAGGCUGUUCACAUUUGGUUUCACUAUCCGCCCUGAGUGAUGCGAUCACAAGUGGACCGCUUCAAGCCCCGUCAAUUCACACCCGGCAUUAAUUGCGUCUCGACAUGCGUCUCAAGUGACCUCUUGUAGUUGGAUAUCACUUCCACUUUCUGUAUGCAAAUUUACACCUCAAGAACUGAAACAAAUGGAUACAACAUUUCUCACACAAAGAAGGAAACAUCUUCAUGGAUAAUGUUUGCCAAAUUAACAAGUAGGCCCAGUAGAUAAGAAUUUAUUACAGCAUUUCACAAAUAAGUUUCUAAGGUAACAAGUUUCAAAAUUGAGCAUUUCUUUAAGGGAGUCUGGAGGCUUACUCCACAGAUGACAAAGAAGUAUGAUUUAUUUAGUUUCCCGAUGUUUACCAUCAAUAUGUCAUGUUCUCAAUACAUUUGGUGUAAAUGGUAAAAUCAGUUGAAACAAGGAAAGAAAUAUCUUGAUGUGUCUUAUUUAAUGCCACCAGGCACCAGUGAUUUAGAAUUUCCCAAAUCCUUUUCACAACGUUUUUUUUAAUGUUACUCCUCACACACCAAUUCUUGAAAUCAUGCUAUUAGUAAGGGAGUCUUAGGAUAUUGCUUAAGGGCUGCAUGGUUAGUUGAAACAGACAUUCAUAAACAUGUGCUGUUCUUAGAGUUGUCCACAUUUGAUCAAAUCACUCCAGACGUGUGUUGAUAGCAGGCCUGAACAGCCUCAGGGUGUCCUUUUUGGCCAUUAUAAACAGAACCGAAGACCCUGUUUUCUUGUUUUCUGAAAGAUCCAGUCUAUGUAUGUCACAGAGUUAAGGGGCAGAUGCGCGGUACGUGCAGAAAUUUAGGACAUCAACGACAAAUGAUGUCUUGCUACAAUUUAAUAUAGUCCUGUUUUUCACUCACACGUGAGGGCAAAGCUGUAGACUUCAGAUCACACAGUGAUUAGCAGCAGUAUAAAGCACUGCAAUAGCAACACAGUGGUUCAGAGUAACACUUGAGACACAUGCAGCACUUCAGCUUCAGUGUCAUUUGUUCCCAGUCUAUUUUUUUGCUUAUUCUUGUAGGAUCAAUCAUAUUUAUAAGAAAGUAAGUAGCCAAAAAAAUAAAAUAAAUAAACACUGUAGUUGUAAUUGUCAGGUAAAUAUUAUGCAGCCCUGGAAACCUCAGUUUGUCCAUUCCUGAACCUCCCCACCUUGUGCCAAAAGAGAAAAGCAGUUCUGCUGAAGCCCGCUGUGGUUAUGCGAAAGACCAAAGUUGGGUAAUUGCUCGUGUCAGUGAUUACUGCAUCAGAUGUAUAUUUUUCGGUUGCCACUCCAAGUUGGAAGUGGUGCAGUUCUUGCAUUCCACAGCUGUCACAUAGCUGGACCUUUUCAGUGUUCCCUUUCAGCCUUAAAGUAACACUACUCAGUAUUAUUGAAAGGAGAAGCCCUUUGUUUCAUCCCACUCAUGUUCUGCUUGUGACAGAGGUCUUCAGCUCGGGGUGUGUUGUUGUUAAAGCAGCCCCCUCCAUACUUUGUUCGCUCCACAGGAAUGAGUGUGAUGAAGCCUUAAUUAAUGUGCGAGUCUGAAUCUGUUUCGCAUUAUUUGCAAGUUUUUGUCUUUUGACACAAGUCAACACUGAUAAAAGCACUUUGUACAUAGAAAAUAGUGAUAUUCAGAGUCAUUUAUAUUUGAGUUUAAUACAUGAGAUAUGAUCAACAUAGUGUGCUGGGAUUAUUUUUGGCUUCCCUCGGCCCAAUACAUCACCAAUAUAGCCAACAGAGAUGAUGAUAUUGAUAAGUCACAUGAUGACAGUGAAUUUACAACAGUCACUUUUGGUGUUUUUGUUAAUAUGAUAAACAUUUCUUUUCUUAAUACAAAGCUUUCAAUUACACCAGAAUCUCACAUAUUGUCUUGGCUAAUAUUUAGAUUUUCAUCAUGAGCUCCACAAACAGCUUAACACUAAAUGAAACAAUACUCUAUAUAGAAAAAUGAACUAGUGGGCCAUCUCCUGGUAGAAAAUGAGGAGGUACAUGCAUAUUGUGCAUUAUUUUAUCCAGCAUCUAAAUGUUGGUUCAAACAUUGUGCCAAUUGAUUUCUAACUGUCUGGUAAUUCCUGAAAACGUUAUUUGAAAUCCCUCCAUAAUGAUGACAGAUAAUCAAAACAGUAGUCUAAGAUAUGAAUUGCUAAGUAGAGCUGAAGUUUCAUGCUUAGUCAGAAUACAGGCACUGAUUUCAAAUAGUUGGGAACAGGAAACUAUAUUUUAUGGUGAGGCAAAGCAUUUAUUUCUCCAGUCACUUUACUGACGAGACUGUGCAGUGUCUGAGAUGCCAAAAACAUCCAGGACUCUCUGUGGUUCUGACUGUGGCCAGACCUCCACUGUCAGAACCCACGCGUGGUGUCAAAGCAUCUGGACUGAUGGCGGCGAAACAUGGACGAGCAACGGAGGGCGUGUACCUGCCACAGGAGGAGCAUGAGAGGCCAUAAAACAGAUUAUGAUUGUGAAUAAUAUUGGUACGCAUCCGAGACAAGUCCGGAGAGGAGAAGUGGAACAGGAUGUUGGGAAUUUUCUCAUACAAAUAUGCAAGUGUCGACUGUACAUAAUCCACAUGUUUAUCAGAGCUUCACUUCUCAUCACCUGAAACUACAAGAAUCAUGUUUCUCAAUGUGUCUGAAUAUGAAUAUUGACUGAUGUAUGUGUGUAUGAUGUAUGUAAUUGGGAUUGUGUGUGUAAAUUGCAUUGCUCUUGUAUUACUUUUCUUUGUGUGUGUGUGUGUGUGUGUGUGUGUGUGUGUGUGCGUGGCUUCCUUUGGCUCAUUUGUGGUGUACUUUUGUUAGUUUGGUCCCAGUUUGCCUCAACUCAGACGGGGGGCGACAUGGCACUGCUGCAUUCAGAGCUCUUCAACACCACCUCGUUCAAUUUCUGUAUGCUGUCGUACACUCAGUCAUCCAGUCCAUCUCCUGGAUGAUGCCAUAUACUCACCCAGUGUCCUGUCCAGUAUACAUUUACUCCACAAAGUACCAGUAGACUAAUCAGUGUGCAUGUACAUAUGCCGAUUGUAUGCGCAGAUGCAAGUUGAGGGGGCACAGGGUAGUAGUACAGUGCAUUGGCCUCAAAUAUUCCCUUUAAUUCUUUAGUGGAGGGGUUUCGGUGGUGUAAUGCUCAUAAUCCAAAAUAGAAGGAAUGUGCAUUUGAGCAGGCUACACUGUCAGUGUUUUAUUAAACUGCUGACUCACUUAUUAACAGUAAGAGGUCAUGUCCUCGCCACACAUCUUAACAGGCUCCCUGUACAUCUAUGUUUGCAAAAUGUCCGUGUUUGUGUGCGUAUGUUCAAUGAAGCUUAAGUACACUAAGUGUAUGCAUGCCCGUGUGAAUAACUGACUGACUGUAAUACCCUGCGUGAAUACGGUGAAUGAAACUGAUUGAAGAUGCUCCAGUCGUUUUAACAUGUGACCAAAGUAGCCAUUGUUUGAUCUCACGGUUCCUUUCUGUACAUUGUUUUCUAGAAAUGCUUGAAUAUUUUUUUCUCGAUGCCAAGAAGCCGAUAUUUAUUUUUGUACUUCAUUGUUUCAUGCAAAUUUAUAUUUCCCUCUCCGCUAACAGAAUUUAAAGUGAUUGGGACUCUACAGAAAACUGUCACACAUUAUGGUACUUUAUUCUGAGGUACUACUAUAACUGUAUUUAAUGUCGGAAAGCAUGCCCUUAAUAUAAAUCUACAUACAAGCAUAGAGUACAUACAAAACGUGAUUUAUUUGUACAAAACGGAGUAUAUCUAAUAUUUUUAGGUUUCUAUUCUAGCAUGUAGAUUACUGCUAAAAAUUUAGUUUUAUGUUUAAUAAUUCAAAGAUUGAUUAUUUAGGAAGAUGACUAACAGUGAGCACUUUUGCUGCGUAUCAGACAGAACUGUACUCCCUUGAACUCUGACAGUGAAAGAUGGUCGUUAUUUUAUUUGAGAUGCUGCUAUCAUUAGUUUUGAGCAGACAAGCUGUUUUUAAAUUAACUUCAAGCCAAGUAGCAAUAAAACUUUUUACUGUGAA